AGCGGUCACGUGCUUCCUCUCCCGCCAGAGACAGAACGGCGGUGCUCGCGGGUAUCCCCUUCAUGGGGGUGUCCUAGGGUGCCGUCGUGCUAAUGUCGAAUUCAGGGAGGCUGGUCCUGCGUCCCUGGAUUCGAGAGCUGAUCCUGGGCUCAGAAACACUGUCAAGUCCACAAGCCGGUCAUCUGCUCAAGGUACUCCAGGACUCGGAGACUCCGGGCCCAUCUUCCGCCCCUGACACACCUGACACCGGGGCCGUGUUACUUGUGUCAGAUGGAACUCAUAGUGUCCGAUGCGUGGUGACGCGUAAUGCCAUCGACACCUCUGACUGGGAGGAGAAGGAGUUCGGAUUCCGUGGGACCGAGGGCCGGCUCCUGCUGCUGCAGGCGUGCGGGCUCCGCAUUCAGGUGGCUCAGGACUAUGCGCCUGCGGAGUUCUACCUCCAGGUGGAUCGCUUUAACCUGCUGCCCACGGAACAGCCCCGGGUACAGGUGACUGGUUGCAAUCAGGAUUCAGAUGUGCAGAAAAAGCUCAAUAAAUGCCUUGAGGACCACCUUUCUGAGUCUGCUUCUUCCAGUGCAGGCUUAACCCUGUCUCAGCUUCUGGAUGAGGUGAAGGAAGACCAGGAUCAUCGGGGAGCACUAGUGCGUCUAGCUGAGAGCUGCCUAGUGCUACAAGGUCCCUUCACAGCAAGACCCCUCACGCACUGGGCUACCUCUUGCUCCCAGGCCACGGAAGAAGCUGUGUUCACCGUGCCUAGUUUACUACUGCACAUCUCUGAGAAGGAGGAACAAAUUCUGAGUUCUAUAGACUCAAGUCAGAAGGCACAGGAAAACCCUGCUUCACUCAGCCUCAUGCCACAGGAGGAGAGCGGUGCCAGUGUUAGCCUUCUGUCAGCCUUGCCCACACCAGACCCCGGGCAGAAGGACAACUCCCAGCUUCCAUCAGCUGUUUGCUCAACGUCCCCAAGAGCUCAGGCCCCCAGUUCUCCACCCUGCAGUUCUACACCCGGCUCCCCACUCUUGACCUGCAGCCCCAGUCUCUCACCCCUUCGACAUGCCCCUACUUCAUACCAGGCCUGUGAGACCAGAACCCAGUUUCAUAAGCUAGAGUUCAGGGAGCUCCAGUGGCCCAUCAAAAAACGGCAGCUUCUCCCAAGAACCGGGGCCCAGGAGCCCCACUCUGUCUGGGAACCCCCAGAGAGGCAUCGUGAUACUUCUGCAUUCCAGUAUAAAUAUGGGACACCCUCUGCCUCCCUCCAUACCCAGGUCCAAACUGCCAGGCUCUCUCCUCAGCUUGUAGCUUGGGCCUUGAACAUAGUGAUGGAGUCUGAGUUAACACAGGUAUGAAGAAGAUGUGUACCCAUGGGCCUAAGGACAAACAGUAUUCCACGCUCUGUUUCAUUCAAGUUUUUUAAUAAAAUAAUUUCAUGCGGCAGGAGAAGAGAGGAUCAA